AUGAAGCCUUACGUGGCGUUGACGGUCAAGCCGAGCGCGGUGGUGGAGGAGGUGCCGCGGGUGCGGACGAGGAGCAUGAACGGGGGAGAGUACUUUACUCAGGCGAAGCUGGAUUUCCGGCGAUGGAACGAAGGCUCGCCCGAGGCGCUCGACAUCCCACUGCUGCAGGGCAAGCGCGCCAAGGCCGCGGAAGCGCUGAUCCGGGAGCUCGAGGUGGACGAGAGCUCGAGCGCGGCGAGGGGGGCUUCGGCCCGCGCGCAUACGCCGGCGUUCACGAGGGGGAAGGACGGGGAGAUCGUGUACGAACCCGCGUCGGACGGGAGCAAGGGGGUUGUGUCGCGAGCGGAUAGAUGA